AUGCCGGUGUGCGCGCUUCAUCUAGUGCAGCUGCACGAUGCGACCGCGCAAGGCGUCGACGGCUUCCUACAGCGUCUCUUCGAGGCGGCCACCAACCCGAAGGAGUUUAGCAUCGUGACGGUCAGCCAGAUCCAGUCGCCAAUCAUUCGACCUACGUUGGUCGACCACACCACCCUCAAUGGCACUCCUUGGACGCUGCUGCUCGUCGUCGGCGGCGCGAAGGCCCACGUCUUGCCCUCCUCGUUGGGCUCGGCUGUUGAGGUGCACUACUCGCUCGUCUCGGGCAUCCCCUCCAAGAUCGUCAGCAACUACGACACCAUUUCGACCAAGCUUCGGGAGGAAGCACCACGCGUGCCGCUGCUGGAGAUCAAGCUGGAUGGCAAGGGUGAUGUAAUUCCUCCCGCCAACAAGAGCAGCUCGACUCGCGACGAUGGUCAAGACCUCUCCCUCUCCCCUGCUCUGCUUGACCUCGCCAAGCAAUUGAAUGCCAAAGGCCACAAAGGACCAGUGUCGAUGCUCAACUUGCUGCAUUUCCACACGCAGCCGGGCGCUGUCGAGUCAUAUCACGAGUACGGGCGUCGCUUCGCCACCGUCGCUGGCCGAAGGGGAGGCAAUGCGAAGUUGGUUGGCAUCGUCAUCCCUCUCAGCGGCGAACUCAAAGACUCUAGGAACGGCAAAGGCAAGGGUGAGUGGUGGGAUGAGUGUACGCUCGUCCACUAUCCCUCCAUCAACCAUUUCAUAGACAUGAGCGUCGACGACGAGUAUCAGUACAUCAACAAGGAGUUCCGCCUGAAGGGCAUCAAGGAUACCGCGCUCAUCUGCACGCUCGAGCUCGACCUCACCAAGUACCGAAGACAGGCCAAGUUGUAG